CAGUGGCAGUGUGCAUGGGUAGAGAGGGUAGGGCCAGAGUUUCGGAGCACGUUCAGUUGACAGGCGUCGCCGUUGCCACUCGAUUCGGAUAACAACACAGACGAAGGCACGGAGCUGUCGCCAGAUACUCGCCUUUAUCUGGAUUAAGCCAAGAAAAGCCGUUUUGGACGGAGCGAGCUGAAGGCGGAUGAGCGCAGCCCGCGGGAGAGCAAGUGUGUUUCUGUGGCGUGGUGCAGUUAGCGAAAGAUGAACAAAAACCACCGAGCGCCGAGCAACCGAACUCUGAACGCCGUGGAGGUUAAAAGCAAGUUUGGAGCCGAGUUCAGGCGGUUCUCUUUGGACCGGUCCAAGCCGGGACGUUUUGAUGAGUUUUAUGGCUUGCUACAGCACGUGCACCGGAUCCCCAAUGUGGAUCUGCUUGUGGGUUACGCAGAUGUUCACGGGGACCUGCUACCUAUCAACAAUGAUGACAACUACCACAAAGCUAUCUCAAUGGCAGUGCCCCUGCUCCGCCUCUUCUUGCAGCGGAAAGAAGAGGCAGACUACUCCGCAUUCGGCACGGACACUGUGACACGUAAGAAGACCCCAGCAGCGCUUGCUGCAGUACUUCUCCGUCCGGACGCCAACAAGAAGAAGCCUCCUAUCAUCAUCAGCCUGCCCAAAGAUUUUCGCCCAGUUUCCUCCAUCAUCGACGUGGACAUUCUCCCAGAAACUCACCGUCGCGUCCGUCUCUACAAACACGGUCAGGAGAAACCACUGGGCUUCUACAUCCGUGAUGGUUCCAGCGUGCGCGUUACACCCCAGGGCCUUGAAAAGGUUCCGGGGAUCUUCAUCUCCCGCAUGGUCCCUGGAGGCCUGGCGGAGAGCACGGGCUUGCUGGCCGUCAACGAUGAAGUUUUGGAAGUCAACGGCAUUGAGGUGGCUGGAAAAUCCCUGGACCAGGUAACGGACAUGAUGAUCGCGAACAGCCACAACCUCAUUAUAACGGUCAAACCAGCCAAUCAGCGCAAUAAUGUGGUACGCAACGCUAAUAGUGGAGGCGGGGCCACAUCUGGCAGCUCAGGAAGAUCCUCUGACAGCAGUACCAGUUUCUAUGGAUACUCUGCACCGGGCUCCAUGGCAAUGACUCCAUCCCAUAUUAUUCAGAACUAUGAGCCAGAUGAUGAAAGUGAGGAUGAGGAGGAUCUGGUGAUCGAGGGCGAUGGAGAGGCAAAACGUAUUCCCCUGGCACCAGCUCGGGCGACAGCCAGCUCCAGCAUGCCCACUUUGCCCAGAUAUGAACCCCACCUCAACCUCCGCCCUGCUAAUGGUGCCAUAGCAACCAGUGCAAGUGUGGGGUCCUUGAAUGCCCAUGACAGAGAUCUUGAGGGACGAAAUUUAGAGGAGGACGGCACAGUCAUUACACUGUAGAGACAUGAGAAACACAAUUACAAUGACUGAAGCGACAUGCACCGUUUGGCUAAAUGUAUGUGGAUACCCUCUUCUAUUUUGAAGACAAUUUGGGUCAAAUAGUAUAUAAUCAUCCUUAAACAGAAUCACAUGCCAGUACACACUAGUGCCAUAGGACUGACAAUGCAUGUCUUCUAUUUGGGUGAGCAGUGAAUCUAGGACCAAGGGAGAUGGCCAGUAACUACAGUACCUUACGGCACUUCUCUAUAACCACAGGACCAGGUCGUCCCUAUAAUCAAUGGAGAGCAGCACAGCACUAAAAAAAAGCUGCAUUAUGAAUAAUAAUGAACUUCCUAAGUCAGUGUGAAUGAAUGCAGAUAUCUGCAGGGUGUUAAUGUCAGUCAAAUGAAUAAGAACGGAUCUACUUAGGCCCCAUGUAAGUCACGACAAUCAUUGGCUUUGACAACCACUCCCUUUCGAAGCCACAUGGCACUAGCAUUAUCAAAAAGAACGAAGUACAAUAGCAUACGCAUCCUGUAUGUGUUACCAUAGUAACUGACUCAGAUCUGAGUUCUGUGAUGGUACUUUCAACUUUAGGAGGAAUACAGAAAUAUGUGCUUCAUCAUUUCCUGUCUGCUACACUAAAAUGCCUCAUGAUGUCAGCUUACUGGUUCUUAAUGUUUUUUUAAGGGAAUAGGCUAGACUUAAUGUUUAGGACACUUUUAGAAUAAUUUUUUUUUUAUGGUAUGAUCUGACAUUUCAGUAAGCUUUUAGAGUGCUGCCUCAGUUGAAAUACAGAUUCCAUGUAUAGUCUCGCUCAAAAGUUUUUAAUCAUUGCCAAAAAUACAGAUUAUUGUCAUAUUUUUCAUACUUAUAUUUUUUUAUUUGUACCACUUUUAUUACUUUAUGACAAGGGCUAUCUACUCUCUUUCUGCUACCUGUAGUUUAUUUUACCCAUCGAAUUUAUGGCACAUGUAAUAAUCUUGAGAACCCUCUCUGUGGGUCUGGAAUAUAUUACCAUGUUUUCAUUGAGCACCUUGAAGUGGACAGUAGACUGGUUCAUGUAUGAAGGGUGUCUUUAAUUAUCAGUCUCUGAGCAAUAUGCAUUUAAGUGAAUCACUGAGAAACAAAUUGUGAUUUGCAGUGAUUUCUAUGAUGGUUGAGCAUUGCUAGAAUAUCCAACAUCUCUUCCCUUAUUAAUGUUUUAGGGGUGAGAACAUGUUUGGGGGUCGUCAAAGGCCAAAAACUUCAGAAAUGAUGUCAUAAUGGGGUUUAAUUUCAACAUUGGCACAGGACGGGUGUGAUUUGGUGGGAGCAGACUUCAUUAAGAUUUCUUAUCUUUUUAAGAUAUGCUCUGCAGUCUCAAUGCAGAAUCCCCUGUUAAGUUCACAUUCAAAAUUAUGAUCACACUUCAUGUCCAUGUCUAACUUCCACACCUUAUCAAACAAUCAAACGCACUGUGUGAAAGGGACGGUUUGGCCUUCCCACUUUUUCAUAUACACCGAUCAGCCACGACAUUAAAUCCACCUGACUAAUAUUGUGUUGGUCCCCCUCUUGCCACCAACACCGCUCUGACCCGUCAAGGCAUGGACUCUACAAGACCUCUGAUGGUGUCCUGUGGUAUCCGGCAUCAAGACGUUAGCAGCAGAUCCUUUAUGUCCUGUAAGUUGCGGUGUGGGGCCUCCAUGGAUCGAAGUUGUUGGUCCAGCACAUCCCACAGAUGCUCAAUUGGAUUGAGAUCUGGGGAUUUUGGAGGCCAAGUCAACACCUUGAACUCUUUGUCAUGUUCCUCAAACCAUUCCUGAACAAUUGUUGCAAUGUGGCAGAGCGCAUUCUCCUGCUGAAUAAGGCCACUGCCAUCAGGGAAUACCGUUGCCUUGAACUGGUGUGCAUGGUCUUCAACAAUCUUUAGGUUGUUGGUGAAUGCCAGGACCCAAGGUUUCCCAGCAGAACAUUGCCCAGUGCAUCACACUGUCUCCGUCGGCCUGCCUUCUUCCCAUAGUGCAUCCUGCUGCCAUCUCUUCCCCAGGUAAACGAUGCAAAUGCACCUGUCCGUCCACAUGAUCUAAAGGAAAACAUGAUUCAUCAGACCAUGCCACGUUCUUCCAUUUCUCCAUGGUCCAGUUCUGAUGCUCAAGUGACCAUUGUAGGCGCUUUCGGCGGUGGACAGGGGUCAGCAUGGGCACUCUGACUGGUCUGCGGCUAUGCAUCCCUAUACGCAGCAAGCUGCAAUGCACUGUGUGUUCUGACACCUUUCUAUCAUGGCCAGCAUUACGUUUUUCUGUUUUUGUGCUACAUUAUCAGACCAGACUGGCUAACCUUCGCUCCCCACACUCAUCAGUGAGCCUUGACCCUGUCGCUGGUUCAACGGUUGUCCUUAGACCACUUUUGGUUGGUAUUUACCAUUGCAUACCGGGAACACCCCACAAGAUCUGCCGUUUUGGAGAUGCACUGACCCAGUCGUCUAGCCAUCACAAUUUAGUCCUUGUCAAAUUCACUCCGAUCCUUACGCUUGCCCAUUUUUCCUGCUUACAACAAAUGAAAUUCAAAAACUGACUGAUCACUUGGUGCCUAAUAUAUCCCAUCCCUUACCAGGUGCCAUUGUAACUAUAUAAUCAAUGUUAUUCACUUCACUUGUCAGUGGUUUUUAAUGUUGUGGCUUAUCUCCAAAAAGGAAUUGCACCAUGCUAUUUGUGUUCUCUAUGAACAAAUGCAAAGCUCUUAUUUGCAAAGCAUUCCUUAAAAGUUUAAAUUACUUUAGUUACAUAUAUACCCUUUUUUUAUGUCAUUCAUACAUGCAUAUCAUAAUGAUAUGCAUGAUUUAUGUGCACACAGCUGUACACUUCAAUGUGAGCUCUUAAGAUCUCAGAGUUUGUGUGAGCGGAUGCACUAAAAGAGACUGACAGGAUUGAAUAGUGCACUAGCCUACCAUUAGGACCUGCUGUCAGAGAUUCAGCCGAACUAACCUUUCAUAAGCUUCUUUUCUCUUUUUUGUUCUCUAAACUCACUGCUGUCUCACUUUCUGAUGAAGAAUCCCAACUGAAGAGAAUCCCAAACAUUGGACAUUUAUGAGCAGACCACAUAUCUGCUGUCUCACAUAGAGCAUUUCAUGGCACUUACACUACCAAAACCUGCUUUGAGUUGCACACGCACUGUAGCUAUAAUCGGAUAAGCUUAAUUCAGAUCAUCUUUAAGGUACAAACGACAUAUUGAAUGGAGUCUUGAGCUGUUAAUUUAUUUUUAUAUAACCACUACACAUGAUUUGGGAUUGUAACCACAGAAAUUGUAUUUAUUUUCAAUAGACUCUAUGUAUUUUUACUUUGAUUUAGCGGACAUACAAACCUCAUGAUUUUGAUUUUUUUUCUUUUGGAUCAUCUCUAAAAAUGUUUUUGUGUGUGUGUGUGUGUGUGUGUGUGUGUGUGUGUGUGUGUGUGUGUGUGUGUGUGUGUGUGUGUGUGUGUGUGUGCAAUUAGAACACCAGACUGUCUCUGUCAUGUUUGUACUGACCCAUUAUGACCGGCCUGGUUUCCAUAGUGAGGGCGUCAGGUUUCACAAAGAGCCAGCUGUCCAUCAGCAUCUUUGGUGGAGCUUAAUGCUCAAACUUUUUUGGGAUGUAAAUAUGAAGAAUAUAACUUGCUAUCUUCCAAACUGUGAAUAUCUUUCCAUUUCUAAAAGAGACCAUGCAUCUCUGACCACCUGCUAUGGGAAACAUAGAAAUGGGCUUUUAAGCAUUAUCAUUUCUGUGUCAGUUCCUGUUUUUGAUAAUGAACUUACCAGAUAAAUCUUAAGGUAUAGAUUUGUACUGAAAUUGUCAGUAUUUUCUUAUUAGUACAACAUGAUGUAAAUGUAUUUCACAUAAUGGAACUUUUAAAAGGAGAAGUACUAUAUUAAGACAUAGCUGUACAUGUAUUAUAGUCAAAUCUUGGAUGAAAUAAACUAAUAUGUUGAAAAUUG